GUGCGGUGGUCAUUUUGGUCUUUUCACUCUCUCAUCAUUCUACCCUUCAAUACAAUCAGACGGUCCAUCUCCUUCCACGUCACCUUCGUCUUCUUCAUACCAUCCCCACCUUCCUUUCUGUCUCACACCUUCCCCUUUCUCCCUCACUAUAUAACAAUAUUUUCACCCGCUAGGGUUUCUCAUAGCCAUCACCUUUUCUCAUUCUCCAUCGCACUGCGCAACCAUCCACCCUCUUUCUUCUUCCUUAUCGCACCAUGUGUUGUUGCACUUCGUCUUUUGUUCCUCAAUUUCAUCCUCGCUGAUUCUUCUCUCGCGAUUGAGGGUUUUGAUUGAGAUUUGUUUGUCGGGGGUUCGAAUUUUUGAAAUUGGGGUCCCUGAACGCGUUUUGGCGGCAGUUUCGUGUUAUGUUUGAUGGCGAUUGAGAAGAACAGCUUUAAGGUGUCGAGGCUUGAUUCCGAGUGUUCGCCCCGAAGUAGAGAAACUAUGUCUAGUGAUGAAGAUGAGCUUCGGCGGCGUAACUCGGCUGUAGAAUCUGACGACGAGGAGGAGUUUGAUGAUGCUGAUUCUGGGGCGGGGUCUGAUGAUUUUGAUUUGCUGGAAUUGGGGGAAACUGGGGCGGAGUUUUGUCAGAUUGGGAAUCAGACAUGCAGCAUUCCAUUGGAACUGUACGAUCUUUCUGACCUUGAAGAUGUACUGUCGGUGGAUGUAUGGAAUGAAUGCUUGAGUGAGGAGGAGAGGUUUGAACUUGCCAGGUAUCUGCCUGACAUGGACCAAGAGACUUUCGUUCUAAGCUUGAAAGAGCUUUUUACUGGUUGUAACUUCCAUUUUGGGAGUCCCAUUAAGAAGUUAUUUGAUAUGCUGAAGGGUGGCUUGUGCGAGCCAAGAGUUGCUCUUUACAGGGAGGGAUUGAAUUUUUUUCAGAAGCGACAACACUAUCAUCUGUUGAGGAAGUAUCAGAACAACAUGGUUAGCAAUCUUUGUCAGAUAAGAGAUGCUUGGCUUAACUGUAGAGGAUACAGUAUCGAAGAAAGGCUUCGUGUUCUGAAUAUUAUGAGAAGUCAAAAGAGUUUGAUGUAUGAGAAGAUGGAAGAUUUGGAGGUUGAUCCUUCAGAUGAAGAGUCCGGUGAAGGUAUAUGGAGCAGGAAGAACAAAGAUAAGAAAAUCGCGCUGAAAAUGGGUCGCUUUCCUUUCCGUGGGGUGGGUUCAGAUUUGGAAUUUCACCCACGAGGACGGUCAGUGGUUAUGGAACAAGAAAAUUAUGGAAAGCAAAACCCAAAAGGUAUACUCAAGUUGGCUGGUUCAAAGACACGUUCAGCAAAGGACCCAACAGGUCACUCGUCUUCGGUCUACCAUGCUUUGGAUAUGAAUCAUGGGCUAAAUGGUUCAGCUACUGCUCUUUCUCAACAGAAUAAAUCUGGGGGAUAUGAUUCAAGGUCAAUGCUCAGGAUGAGGGAUAAGCUGAGGAAUGGCGACAAUGAUGAGGAAAUGUCAUAUGGACAAAGUGUCCAUCAAGAUCGUAAUGCAUUACGUAGCAACCUGAUGGACAAGUCUAGUGUUCUGAGAGUGGGAAACAGGCAUGACCUCCUGAGAGGUGAUGAUAUAACUACUGACUAUUUGAUGGGUCUGCCUCUUUCUUCAAAGGCUGAUCUACAUGGAUACACUAGAAAUGCAAACCAAUCUUCUGAUAUGAAAAUGUUCACAGCAAAGCCAUCUUCUAAGAGAGGUUCCAACAAUUUAACUAGAAAGGCUAAGUAUCCUGAAAAUGAUCAUCAAUUUGUAGGUAGUGACCAUGUGAAGUCUCGAUUCAGGGGUUCAGAGUUACAGCUUAAAGUCAAUAAGGUUGACCCAUCUGAUUAUGAUGAACUUUUCUUCAACAACAAAACACCGGGACAGGAAUUUGGUAUGGAUUCAUCAUUUAAAUAUGAUGAUUGGAAUCCAAAGAGCAAGAAAUGGAAGGCAAGGACAGAGUCUCCGGAUCUCAGUUAUGCUGCUCAUAGAUCUUCCUCGCCACUGGGGAGUGAUAGACUUCCAUCCUCUGACUUCAGAGCAAAAUCAUUGCAAGAGAAGAUCAGAGGGACUUUUAAACAGAAUGGAGGAAAAGAUAUAGCAGCUUUGAGGGGUAACCGGAUGCCUCUAAGAAAUGAGGAAACUGAAUCAGACUCAUCAGAACAGUUGAAUGAUGAUGAGGAUAAUCUAUUGCAGAGCCAAUUAGCUUACUCGAUCAAUACUGCUGCUGGUUCUCACAUGAAAUCAUUGAAGUCACACCUAGAUCCUAAGAAGGCCAAAUUUGUUAGGACAGAUAUGAAGACACAGGUAAUAACACAAUCCAAAAGGAAGCGCAGCUUAGCAGAGCAGGGGCAUAUGCAUGGUGUAGAAAAUUAUCUUUCAAAAGCAAAGCAAAGGGGUGAAAUACGCAAUGGUGGGCCUUUGCAUAACCCAGCUGGUAAAAUUAUUGAAGAGAGCUAUCCUUCAGGAUCAGAUAUGCUUGAUGAUGGCGAUAAUGAUCGGAGACAGGUAUACAAGAUAGGAAAGAAUGGCCGAGUACAAGGGGAACCUGUUGAAAGGUUAGACAUGCCCUCAUCAAAUGCAUAUGCUGCUGAGCGAAAGAAGAAAGGGAGAACUGGUCUAGAUCAUUCCAUUCCAAGGUCAAAAUAUUUGCAUGAUUAUGUUGGUAAUGAGGAUGACUCACUUGAAAAACGAUUGCUAGCGGAUGAUAAUGGAGUUGGACAGAGUAGGUUUGGGAGAAAAGGGCAGAAAUAUGCUGCAUAUAAGGGUGAUCAAAAAGAAAGAUCUGAGGCACCAUUACUUGGUUGCAACUCAGGAACAAAGAAGCGAAAAGUGAAGGAUGAUACAGCAGAUCUUGGUAGAAGAGGAGAUGAAGAUAAUCUUCUGUCAAACACUCUCCUCCAAACAGAUACUUUUUCGAAAAGAAAGUCAAAGAAAAAGGCAGAGGCUGAGAUGGUUAAUUCAAAAAUGGAAAUUUCUGAACUGCUUGGUACCGAUAUGGGGACAGCAGACAUGGAACUGGAAACUAAGCCACAGAAAAAGCCAUUUACUUUGAUCACACCCACUGUUCAUACUGGAUUUUCAUUUUCUAUUAUACACCUUCUUUCGGCAGUCCGCAUGGCAAUGAUUAGUCCACUUGCAGAAGACAGCUUAGGAGUGGGGAAACCCAGAGAAGAUCAGAACAAAGAACAGGAAGGCAGUAUCAAUGGUGUUCUUUCUGAUGAUAAGGUGGCUGCCAAUUGUGAGCCUGCUGACCAACUAAAUAUGCCAUCUCUUACUGUUCAGGACAUUGUUAAUCGUGUGAGAUCAAACCCUGGUGAUCCUUGUAUUCUUGAGACACAAGAGCCACUGCAGGAUUUGGUCAGAGGUGUUCUGAAGAUAUUUUCUUCCAAAACGGCACCCUUAGGAGCAAAGGGUUGGAAGGUACUAGCGGUUUAUGAAAAAUCUACCAGGAGUUGGUCAUGGACUGGCCCAGUUUUUCAUAAUUCAUCUGAACAUGAUACCAUUGAGGAUACAUCUCCUGAAGCUUGGGGUCUUCCUCAUAAGAUGCUUGUCAAGUUGGUUGAUUCCUUCGCCAAUUGGUUGAAAUGUGGUCAAGAGACUCUUCAACAGAUAGGAAGUCUUCCUGCACCACCUUUGGCAUUGAUGCAAGUCAACCUGGAUGAGAAAGAAAGGUUUAGAGACCUUAGGGCCCAAAAGAGUCUUAACACUAUAAGCCCAAGUUCAGAGGAAGUAAGGGCUUAUUUUCGUAAGGAGGAAGUUCUCAGGUACUCAAUUCCUGACAGAGCAUUCUCUUAUACUGCAGCUGAUGGUAAAAAAUCUAUUGUGGCACCUUUGAGAAGGUGUGGUGGUAAGCCAACAUCAAAAGCCCGAGACCAUUUUAUGUUGAAACGUGAUCGCCCACCGCAUGUUACAAUUCUUUGUCUUGUCAGAGAUGCAGCUGCUAGGUUGCCUGGAAGUAUUGGCACUAGAGCAGAUGUUUGUACAUUAAUUCGAGAUUCUCAAUAUAUUGUUGAAGAUGUUUCUGAUGCACAAAUUAACCAAGUAGUUAGUGGGGCCUUGGAUAGAUUGCAUUAUGAGCGUGAUCCUUGUGUACAAUUUGAUGGGGAAAGGAAAUUGUGGGUUUAUUUACAUAGAGAAAGAGAAGAAGAAGAUUUUGAGGAUGAUGGCACUUCGUCCACAAAGAAAUGGAAAAGGCAGAAAAAAGAUGUUGCAGAUCAAUCUGAUCAAGGAACGGUAACUGUUGCUUAUAUUGGGACUGGGGAGCAAAGCGGAUAUGACUUGUGCUCAGAUCUCAAUGUGGAUCCACCAUCCAUUGACGAUGAUAAGGGAAUGGAACUUUUGUCUAAUGAUACAAGGCUAAAUGCAGAGGACCAUGUUGAUGUCAACCAGACUUCUGAAGAAGGCAAUGCUUGCGAGGGUAAUUCAAUGGCUUGGGAGGCUCUUGGUUUAAAUCCUGCUCGAGAGUUAUGCCAGGAAAACUCGACAAAUGAAGAUUUUGAUGAUGAAUCCUUUGGGAGAGAAAGGCCUGUUGGACUACCAAACGCAAGCUUUUUGUGAAGAAUUCUACAGGCUUUUUAGACCAUCAUCCGCAUUCAAGAGUUCAGUCAUCCUGGUUGUAGCUGUGCUUGUAUAUAAUGUGGACGCGGUAGCUUUGUAUAUUGAUUUGAUGUGAAAGAAUAGAAUACAGUGUGAUCUUGUUGAAGAUCAAGGGAUUUGGUUGGGUUAACUGGAUGUCUUUAUGGCUUUACAUCUCCUAAAUAAUACCUUUUGGGCCUCAUUAUCUGAUGAUAUCAAGUUAGCCUCUUCUGUGAUGGAUCAAGGCUCAAUGUGGCGUUGUUGUAUUGCAUCGCAUAAUUUUUAUUUUAUCUGUAUAUAUAGUUCAAUUAAGACAUGAUGUCAGUACAAAAUAGCCAAUAAGUCUGUUCACCCAAAUGAAUAGGACAAAAUAUUAAGGGAUAUAUUUUUCUUAUGUUGUAGGAAAAGAAUUACCUCAUGUUGUAGAAAUAAAAGUAUAAGUGGGACCCACAUGUAAGAGGAGAGAGAAAAAAAAAGUGGUGGGACCCAACCCUUUUUGUGUGU